GUCGCAGUAACAUCGCUGCCUUUGAGUUCAGUUCACACAAUAUGAGCGAGCACAGCGGCAGCCAAAAGCCAACUCUAGAUUCUUCAAAUUGGCGUGCUUGACUGUUUUGCACCCGCGUAAUGUAAUAAUAAACGAUACAUUACAACCUUCGAGAAUGGAAGCCAGGAGCUGGCUUUUAUUUUGACUGCAAGAAUGUGCCGAGGGGAGCCCUGACAAUACGCCGUUUAGCUUUCAAAUGGAAGAUUGGCUGCUCCAGCUCAUUUCGGUGGAUAUGUUGCCGCUGGUUUUAUUUACUCAGACCCUUUCUGAUCGGCAUGGAUCUUCGGAUUUGGAUUCGUUUACCUCUUUCGUGCAUUGAGCUGUGAAAAGAAGACAGGCUACGGAGAUCGACCUGGAUACAACAGUCUCUGCCUACCUCGACGUUUUGCUACCAGGGAUUUAAAUAAUCACGUGCUUCAACAACGGAAACAUUUAGAUAUAUAUACAUAUGUUAUAGGCUAUAUGUAUAUAAUCAGAAUUUAUGUGGCCGUCUGAACUUUUAUGAAUCCAUUCAGGAGGGCAAAAUGAGUAGGGAAAGGCCGAAAAGAAAUAUCAUUCAAAAGAAAUUUGAUGAUAACGAUGGGAUCCCAUGGUCGGAAGAGAGAGUGGUCCGCCGGGUGCUCUACCUCUCACUUAAAGAGUUCAAGACAUCUCAGAAGAGCAAAGUGGAGAAUGGCACUGGAAUAGUUAAUGGCUCCUUUGUAAAUGGCCAUUUGAAUGGUUCGGGAGCUAAAGCUGGGCUGUUCGCCGGAAGCUGUAAGUCAGACCGGACACAUGCAGUUCAGAGCAAAGACUGCAGCCAUGAGUACUCAACAGAGGGACCUGUCAGAAAGAGGCCAAGACUUCAGGCUCAGAGGAAGUUUGCUCAGUCUCAUCCCUGUUCUCCCAGUGCCACCCCGCUGAAAAUGCUGGAGGCCGUGCCCCCGAGCCCAGCCAUGCUCAACCACCUCACACGACGCAAACCCAAAACUGAAGACUUCCUUACCUUCCUCUGCCUAAGAGGCUCUGCUGCGUUGCCCAGCAACAUGACAUACUUUGGUAGUGCUAAAGAUGAUGAAGAUUUAGAUGAGGAAGAGGAUGAGGAAGAGGAAGAAGACAGUGCCAGCAAUGCCACUUCUUCCUGCCAGUCCACUCCACGGAGGAGCAAAGGACCCAACAAAUGCAUCGCCAACGGUCAUGUAUUUAAUGGACAUAAACAAACUGCUGAGGAAAACGAGAGCAGUUUAAGGGCCAGAGGGAGAGACGGGGUCCAUGGGAAGGAGAAGAACACUGUAGCAUCAGCUAGGACCUCCACUACACACAACCUAAGACCCAACAGGGCUGUACAAGAACAAAAACAACAGCCCUCCAAAGUGAAUGGAACAUCGGGAGCAUCCGCUGUCAGUUCUAGGAAGACGAGAGACCUCCGCACUCCACCGACCAAAGCUGUGAAAUACCCCAAGGGCCACGUGACUUACACCAAAGCCAGACUGCUCAAAGAGGCCAAGCUCAGCCUGAGCACACGCACCCACACACACCCUCAGCACUCCAACUCAGGAAAAGCCCAAAUUAGCCACGGCAAGAUGCAAAAACAGGUGCUAUCACCAGCAACCCCUGGGAGGCUGUGUGGGACGGACACUUUCCCACACAGACGAAAUGGACUGAGACCGUCAAAGAGGCGGUGGGAUUUAGCCGGGGUUAGUCUGACCGGAGCAGAGGUCGAGGUUAAGAGGCUCAAAGUACAAGUGGUUCCCUUGGAGAGGCAGAGUAGGAAAGCAGCUCAGGAGACGCCGGUGAGACCCCAGGUGGCAGGAUCGCAACGGCCCAAACGGACCUCAGCGGGGAAGCUCAUGUUCACCAAACAGAUGCACUGUAAAGCCAAGAACAGCCCCACUACCUCAACACGAGACAUUUUAAAACCAGCCAACUCCCCCCAAAUAUCAGAGAUCCCCAAAACAAGCAAUUCACUAAAACAAGGCAACCCUUCUAAUACCACUGAGCCCCUCAUCCAAGCGGGGCCUAAAGAGCGAGGCCGGCGCAACACGGAGGCCAUGGAUGUUCCUGUUUUCUAUCCCAGCACACGCGAGUUCCAUGACCCACUGAUUUAUAUGGAGUUUAUGCGGGGGCAAGCGGAGGCGUAUGGGUUGUACCGGGUUGUUCCACCAGCGGAUUGGCGUCCCGAGUGUAAGCUUAAAGAGGAGAUGCGCUUUGUCUCGUACGUGCAGCAUGUGCACAAGCUGGGUAGACGCUGGGGCCCGAAUGUACAGCAACUGGCCUGCAUCAGGAGACACCUGCAGACACAAGGCAUUAAUAUGGAAGAGCCUCCACUUAUAGGUGGCUGUGAACUGGACCUGGCCAGAUUCUUCCAGAUCCUCAAUGAAAUGGGGGGAAUGCAGCAGGUGACAGACCUGAAGUCGUGGGGCCGUCUCGCCGAUCUGCUGGGCAUCCCGCGCUCGGCUCAAGAUCGGCUGGCCAAGCUCCAGGAGGCAUACUGCCAAUAUCUGCUCUCCUACGACUCCCUGUCCCCAGCCCAAAGGGCCCAGCUGGAGAAGGAAGUGCUGGCAGAGAAAGAAGCCCUGGAGAAAAGAAGUGGGCCUCUAGAGGGCCAGGGAGACAUAUCCCAGCAUGCCGCUCUGCUGCUUCCACGCUCUGAGCCCAAAAAUGGGCUUGUGAAUGGAGCGUUGCACCGAAGUGGAGCACGUGAGCACCUCAGAGAGCUGGACCCCACGGCAAAGACCACCCGGCAGAGAAGACUAGGGAAGAGAGGGGAGGAAGAAGGGGUGAUAAAUGACCAUCACAAGUGCAUUUACAGGGGAAAGUCGUUCUCUCUGACGACGUUCUUCAGGGCAGCCAGGAAUACUAUGAACAUGUGCUUCAGCAAAGAGCCAGACACUGCUGAAGUUGAGAGGGAGUACUGGAGAUUGGUUGAGGAAAAGGAAUGCCAUGUUGCUGUGCACUGUGGGAGGGUUGAUACAAAGACUCAUGGGAGUGGAUUUCCUGUGGGCAAAUCUGAGCCAUUUUCAAAGCAUGGAUGGAAUCUUACUGUCCUGUCUAAUAACUCAGGAUCCAUCUUACGUCAUCUUGGUGCUGUGCCAGGAGUGACCAUCCCCUGGCUGAACAUAGGCAUGGUCUUUUCUACCUCAUGCUGGUGUCGGGACCAGAACAGCCUUCCGUAUAUCGAUUACCUACACACUGGUGCUGACUGCAUUUGGUACUGUAUUCCAGCUGAAGAGAAAUCAAAACUUGACAAAGUUGUACACACACUGCUACAGGCUAAUGGCACUCCAGGGCUAGAGAUGCUGGAGAGGAACAUAAUGAUUUCUCCAGAGGUGCUCCAUCGAAAAGGGGUGAAAGUGUACCGGACUGUGCAACAGAGUGGUCAGUUCAUGGUAUGUUUCCCAGGGACCUUUGUGUCUAAGGUGUGUUGUGGCUACAGUGUCUCAGAGACAGUGCACUUCGCCAGCCCCCAGUGGAUGAAAAUGGGCUACGAGGCAGCUAAGGACCUUAAACAGCGUCGUAUAGAGGAGCCUUUCUCCACAGAGAAACUGCUCUACCAGAUCACAACAUGUGAGCGGGACAACAAGCAGCUCAUGAACGCAGUCUCCAGUCUAAUCAAAGAUCUCAGGGAUGCGGAGAUUCGCCAGCGCAGGGAUCUGUUCGAGGCCGGGCUCCGUCUGUCUGCGCGCUACGGCACACACUGCGAGUCUCAAGCGGACACGAAAAAGCAGCAGCGCUCGAGAUUCACGGAAGACACGGCUGACAGACGCUGCCAAGUGUGUCAGCAUCUGUGUUACCUCUCCAUGGUUGUUCACGAGAGUGACAAUGUGGUUUUCUGUCUGGAAUGUGCUUUCCGAUACAUCCAGAAGUGCAGGUCCCCUCGUGGCCUCAAGAUGAUGUUUCGUUACACUGAGGAGCAGAUCAACAGUCUGGUAAAUCAAGUGUGUGGCAGAGCAUUGGAGAACGGUGGAGUGAAGCAGAAAGCCGUUGGCCCCAGCAAGACACCAGCUAAACGAAGCCCCAGAAACAAGAGCAAUGCCCUGGUCCCCCUCUCCAGCGGCCGCUCCUAACCAGACCAGACAUGCCUCCAGAUCUCCUUUUAUAUCAGAUGUUCCUAAUACUUCAAUACUCUUUGUACCUAGUGUAUAAAAUCAAUACAAGCUGUUAUAUUGCACUUUUGUAUUACAGAUGCGUGUAGUUACUGGCUGGUUAGUCCAAUAUUGAAUGUACGGAGGUUAAAUGUUUCAUCGCGUUUCACGUCAAAUACAAGGGGGCGAAUACACAAUUAUUUGGGGCGCCUGACAUAAGGCUAUUGGGUCUCAUCCAACAAGCACGAAACCUUUUGCACUAGUAUUGAGAUUGGUUUUUAGAUGAGUAUUUUCGGGUUGUUUUAGCAUUAAAUCGAGUAUAGAUAUGCGUAUAGAUAGUUAUAAAUAUAUCCUAUCAUUUGUGUUUAACUGGUGCUGUAGUGACACUUUUCUCCAUCACCCUUACCUGGCCUGUUUGUCUCUUGGGCUCACGUUUAUUACGUCUUAAAGCUGUCAAGAACUAGAACGAACACGCAAGAUCACAGCCCACAAUCUAUUGUGGCUACUGGCAUUCCGGUUCUCCAGCGACAAAAUAAAUAUAAAUAUUGUGGGCUUGACCCUUUUCCAUGGAUUUGACACGUGAAGGAGUCUGGGAACAUUUCUGACAGCACCGAUUCGAGAUUUCCUGGGUGAAUUCCCACCUGGAGAUCUCGAGGCCUUGUGUUGAGUACACCAGGAACUCCCAACAUCUUAAAAGCACAUUUUGAGGCCUUUCACGAAUCUUUGGAGUACAAAUAACAAGCUUGAUGCUGAGGGCAGUUUGUACGUGUUUGUAAAGUUGCUGUCAAUUGUUAAAUGCACUUUCCCUUUUAUCCCACAAACUUUUGUCCCCUUGACUUUUAUAUUUGUAAUCGGUUACAAGUGAUUCUUGAAAAUACUCAACCUUAUUUGCCAUUAAAAAUAAAAUCUUUAAAUCUUCUUUCAUUUUCAUAGAAUAUUAUUGCAAAAUACUAAUAUAACGAAAAAAGCCCCAACUAUGUUUAUAUGCCAGUCAAUGUAAAACUGAGCCUUUGAGUUUGGGUCUUUUAGGGGUUUGGAUGAGAGUUGAGAUGAAGAAAAAGCCUUACUUCUACAUUGGUUUCUUCAUCAAUAUAAAUUAGAUGUUAACAGGGUUGCUACAAACAAAAUAAGUGCUGCUUAAAUCACUGAGAAGUAUGUCAUAGUGGUGAUCCCUAGUUUUUUUUAGCAUUACUUUUUUUUAUUCGAAAGGAAAGAUCUUUUACCAAAAUUGUGCAGGCCUAGCUGCCCAUUGCACUGACUGUAUUAAAGUCCUGUAAUCAAACACGGUAGUCGCCCCUUUCCAAAUCACUCACUUGUAUUUAAGGUUUAAAAAAAAACAAAUUUCCAAAAUGUGUUUUUUUUACUUUUUAUGGCCUUAAUGUUUUUUCUUUUGUUAUCCUUUUCACCGUUUUAUACAGUAAUAUUCCUGAUCCUUGUACUGUUUUAUUUAUAUGCACUGUUAUUCAGUCCUCCAGUCCAGAGGAGAUCUUUUUGGUCACUUUUCAGGAUUGUAUAUUUUUUUGUUUUAAUAAAUAAAUCACUUGUCAAUCCUUCCACAAA